AUGCUCUCCCGAUCGGCCGCCCGCUCCGCUGCUCGUCAGUCAUGGCAGCAACAACGACGCGGUCUUGCCGCUCCUGCUUCUGGCUCCUUUUCAUACAACAUCGGCGAGAGUGGAGGUGUUAAGGUGGCAUCCAGAGAUAUUCCCGGACCCAUUGGAAGCCUCGCGCUCGUCUCUCAAGCCGGAACGAGGUACCAGACUGUACCAGGUCUUGCUGAGGGUUUGAAUCGAUAUGCUUUCAAGAACACGGACAGGCGAACAUCUCUGCGGAUACAGCGCGAGUCUGAGCUACUCGGUGCUACUAUCCAAGCCUAUCACUCCCGCGAGAAUGUCGUCCUCCGCGCCAAAUUCUUCCGCGAUGAUCUGCCAUACUUUGUUGAGAUGCUCGCGGAAGUCGCAACCAGGACAAGCUACCGAACACACGUCAUGCAGGAGGAGGUGCUCCCGAUGAUCCGAAUGGACCAGCAGAAAUACCUUGGCAACACUCUCGCGAUGGCUGUGAACAGCGCGCAUGGCCUGGCCUUUCACCGCGGCCUUGGCGUACCAGUCAAUCCAGCGUCUUCCACACCCACCACUAAAUAUCUCACCGCUGAGUCUUUGGAAGAAUACGCCCAGUCCGCCUAUGCCAAGCCAUCUUUCGCCAUUGUCGGCAACGGUGUAGACCACGGUGAGCUCCAGAAGUGGGUGGGCGAGUUCUUUAGCGAUGCGCCAGCUCAACCUCUACAGUCCUUGACCUCUCCGCAAAGCAAGUACCACGGUGGCGAGGAGCGUAUCGCUCACGGCGCUGGCAACUCUAUGGUCAUUGCUUUCCCAGGUUCAAGCACACCAGCUGGUAGCUUCUACAAGCCCGAAGUUGCCGUCCUGACCGCUCUGCUCGGUGGCCAAUCAUCUAUCAAGUGGAGCCCAGGCUUCUCUCUCCUCAGCAAUGCCACCCAGGAUGCACCAAAUAUGCACAUUGCCACCAAGUCUCUCAUCUACUCCGACGCCGGUCUCCUCGCCAUCGAGCUCAGCGGCUCCGGCAACGAUAUCCGCAGCACAGCCAGCAGAGUCGUCGAAGCCCUCAAGAGCGUCGGUCAAGGUAUCAGCAAAGAGAACUUCGCCAAGGCCAAGGCUCUCGCCAAAUUCAAGGAACUCGAGUACGGUCAAGAAACUACCGCAGCUAUGGAGCUGACUGGUCACGGUCUGGUGCACGGUAAUAAGGCGUACCAGAUUGAUGAGGUUGCCAAGUCUAUCGAUAACGUGACGGAGGAUCAGGUGAAGCAGAUUGUGAAGGAGGCGCUUGAGAACAAGGCUAGUGUGAGCGCGGUGGGUGAUUUGUACUUGCUACCUUAUGCGGAGGAGCUUGGAUUGAAGGUGUAG